AAAUCGGACAGGCGAGAACUCAGAAAGUGCGAAGAGGCCAGGGUGGCAGGGAGCAGACCGAGGUUCCGCCAAGUUGUCGACUUCAACCCCCGACCUUUUUCCAUCUCCACCCACCCUCACCACCCUCACCACCCUCUUGACAACCGCAACCCCCGCCAAUAUGCACGAAGAAACCCGCGACCGCAUCAUGAAGGUCCUCAACUGGGGCCGCAAGGUCGUCCAUAUCGGUUACAUUCCGCUUAUCCUCUACCUUGGCUUCACCCGCUCAUCCCCCCGCCCCAACUUCCUGCGUCUGAUCUCGCCUCUUGCCGCUUAAACAAACACCCGAAAAGAUAACGUCACGCCUUGCGAUCCUUUCCCUGACUUGCAACGACCAUCCGACGGAACUUGUGAAUUGGGGAGGCGGAGUGUAUUCAGCUCUGUUCGGUUUUGUCCACCACCGGGGCGUUAGGGAUAGACCAAGAGAGAAUGGGGACGGGAUGGAAUGGGCUGAGCUUGGAUCGAGGGCACAGAAACGGCGGGGGUGUUGAGCGACAGGAAUCUCUUCAGAUACGUUCAUGCUUGGCGUAUCGCUACCCUCGCAGCGAUGGUUGUUAGGGAGGGGGUUCUGGAAGGCGGAUUUUCGUCGCUGCGCUAGCAUCAUUUCCUCUGUAUAUACAUAUCUAUCGUAUCUGCAUCCACACACUGCACCAACUUUCAAUCUA